AUGUCUGCAAGGUCGAGCUCUGCAAGGAAGGGAUGCGCAGGGGAUGGAUCUGCAAAGGAGGGCUCUUUUAGCUCGACCAACGCAAAUAACGAUUCAGUGCCUCGUUGUGACCACAAAGUUCCGUGCAUUGUGAACAAGUCUGGUACCUCUAGGAAUCCCGGAAGGCAGUUUUAUUGCCGCCCAUAUUGGAAGACUGAAGACUGCAGGUUCUUCAUAUGGGUGGAUGUGUAUGAAAUGCAGAUCAGGAAUGGAUCAUGGGGGUGA